GAAAAACAGUAGAAGUAAAAUCACACAUUCUUAGAUAAUCAUAUACUCUAAUCAGAUGCUGUCGGAAAAAAGAACGACAAUUUUUACCAUAAGAAGCGGCGAUUUUAUUUUGUUUUCCCGAGAAAAAAAUGAGAAAGAUGCAGAAGUAUAAUGUAUUCAGAAGCAUACUAUCAAAAAACAGGUAUUUGGAUAUCUUCGAGAAAAAUGUCAAAAACAGGACCACUUCCACAAUCACUGCAAACGUUGGAACUCGCAAGGAUUCUUUGUGGGAAACAGCGAAACCUUUUGAGGAUAUUCCACAUCUUACUAUGCUCCCUAUCAUAGGAACUGCCUGGGUUUUUUUACCCAUCAUAGGCCGGUAUAAAAUGGAUAAACUUCAUUUAGCUGCACGCCAUAAACGACAGCUGCUUGGUGAUAUUAUAAGAGAAAAGUUUGGACAUUUGAAUAUGGUAGCAUCUUUCAACCCUGAUGAUAUGGAAACUGUUUUUAGAAAUGAAGGUCCUUAUCCAAAUAGAAGCGAAUUUUCCACUAUGAAAGCAUACAGAGAAUCUAGGAAAGAAUGGUACAAGACAACUGGUAUCAUGGUCUUGCAAGGCAAUGAAUGGCAUGAUUUGCGUUCCAAAACUCAGAAACAUCUUUUGAAACCAAAGGCUAUUCAGGCAUAUUUAGGAGCAAUGCAAGAUGUGGCAAGAGAUUUCGUUCAAAAGAUAUAUGAAACUAGAGAUUCUAAUAAAGAAGUUCCUAAUCUUCUUGGAGAACUAUACAAAUGGGCACUAGAAUCCGUUGCUUUCGUUGGCUUGGAUACGAGGCUUGGUUGCUUGAAAACCAAUCUACCGCCGGAUUCAGACGGUAUGAAAAUGAUCAGAUCUGUUCAGACGCAGUUCGAAUGCAUGAACAAAUUAGAAGCGUUUUCAGGGAAUAUUCAGUUUUGGAAGUAUUUUCCAACACCAACGUGGAAGAAAUUUACCCGGGAAUGCGAUAUCUUCACAGAAAUCGCUUUCAAAUACAUAUAUCGAGCUUUAGAAGAAUUGAAAAAAAAAGAAGGAAACGAAGAUGAAGAAUUAACUUUACUUCAAGGCAUGCUUUCCACAGAAGGACUAGAUGCCUCAGGUGCAAUGGUGACAGUUGCAGACAUGCUUAUGGCCGGGAUUGAUACGACAUCACAUUCUGUGGGUUUUCUUCUGUACAAUUUGGCUAAAAAUCCAGAUAAACAGCAAAUUUUAUAUGAAGAAAUUUCCAAAUUGCUUCCAUCGAAGAAUCUCAGAAUUACUCCAAAAGUUUUCAGCGAAUUGAAAUACUUGAAAUCGUGCAUGAAAGAAUCACAAAGAACACACCCAAUUGUUGGAGGUUCAGCUCGACAGUUAGAGCGAGAUGUGAUACUGUCUGGAUAUAAAGUUCCUGCAGGGACCCUUAUUGCAGUCGUUCACCAAGAAAUCUGCAGAGAUGAAAAGUGUUUCAAAAAUCCUGAAAAGUUUCUACCUGAACGAUGGUUAGAAAAAGAAGACAAGCAUCAUCCAUACGCCUUCCUACCUUUUGGUUUUGGUACACGCAGCUGUAUUGGUAGGAGACUCGCAGAACUGGAAAUUAUAAGUCUCAUGACAGAGAUAAUAAGAAAUUUUAAAGUGGAAUACCAUUAUGAAGAUAUUGAUAUGCUGACUCGAAUGAUUAAUGUUCCAGAUAAACCUCUAAGGAUAAAUUUCAUCGAACGGUAGUCAUCAUUCAUUAGAGUUUCCACCAUCGAUGAAAGAAAAGGAACUUACAAACUUAAUUCUUCUAUUUAAAUUUCUUCAGCCUAAUUAUCUGUAGACAAAUAUAUGUAUAAAAUAAACGAUUAAAAGAGAUUCAAGAAAUUCUUUGAAUCACUUUUGAGUAA